CAAAAAUUCUACGCCAAAUUCGUGAAAGAUUGGAGAUGUUGUUUAUAUUAACAGUUACACUAAAUCCUCCUCAGAACAUGCCCUAAUCCUCUCUUUAGGAAGAAACCCUUUCUUCACAAAUCCAAGAACUCCUCAUUCAGACGGAAAUUUCUUAAACAACCCACAAGUCAAUCAUGGCUGAAAGUAGUGAUAGAACAUCAGUGUUGAUGGGUGAAGAGGACAGAAUUUCAAAACUACCUGAUGCGUUAAUCCUACACAUACUGUCAUUUCUUCUUACUAAGGAUGUUGUUCCCACUUGCCUCCUUUCAAAGCGUUGGAAAUUCAUAUGGUAUUCAGUUCCCACUCUCUCUUUUUCCUAUAGAACUUAUUUUCAAUUGCCAGGGGGAGGAAAAAAGCUACGCAAUUAUGUUGAAAAUUGUUUGGAACAACGCAAGAGAGGUAUGCAAUUUAUCCCCAAUUCGGCCAUUACUAGUUUUAAGCUUAGGAUGAAAUCCUAUAAGUUGAGCCAUUCUGAUGGCAUUGAUAAAUGGUUAGCUUAUGCAGUUGAGAAUAGAGUCAAGGAAAUCACUCUUGAAUUAGGGGAAGGGUACUAUUAUGAUAAUGAUGGCAAUUACUAUUACUAUUACUAUUUCUUACCUAAAACACUAUUGGUCAAUGCAAAGUUUUUGACUAUUUUGGAGUUGAUGUUGGUGGAGUUGAAUUGUAGUUACUCGUUUAGUUUUCCAUCAUUGAAGUCAUUGACAUUGACUCUUGUUCAGUUUGGAGAUAAGAAUGUGGUAAGUGAGCUUUUGUUGGGUUCUCCUUCCCUUGAGAAAUUGUGGUUUAAUGCUUGUAGUUGGAGUUGGAAUAUUGAUUAUAAUCAGCAGUUUCGCAUACAUAGUUCAAGCCUCAAGAUCUUGAAAAUUAAUGGUUCAGAUAGAGUGGAGCAAAUUGAAGCCAUGAAUCUUGAAUCUUUGGAACUACGUGAAAUUUCAUUUGGCGCAAUAAAUCUCUCUGUCUGCAAUGCUAUUAAGAAUCUCUCUUUAACUUGUCAUUGGUGUGUGGAAAGGUCAUCAAUAGAAUAUCUCAUCUCAAAUCUUCCUCUCCUUGAGAAUUUGACUUUGAGCAAUUUGAAAGACAUAGGAGGAUUGAAACACAUUAAAAUCUCGAGUCAAAGCGUGAAAAGUUUCAAUUUAAAUAACCCUUUUGACGAAGAAGUGUCUGUUAUAAUUGAAUCAGCUCCAAACUUAGCAUCACUUUGUUAUAUAGGUAAUAUCAAAUUGAAAGUAUCAAUGGCGUCGUCUAAUUUGUUGAAUGGAACAUUCGUAAUUCUUGAGAGGCAUGAGAAGUAUGACGGAGAUUGGUUUAUCAAUUUGAUAAAUUUUCUUUUGAAUCUUAAUUGUUCAUGGAAUAGGGUAAGCCUGCAUGUUGACUCAGUUGAGGCUCUUAUCAUGCCAGAAAAUUUCAAGAAGAUAUGUCGUUCUCAUUUGCUUAAUUGGGAGCAUCUUAGAGUUUUUACUGAACGCCAACCAGAGAGACAUUCAGACUUGAGAGAUGCCCUGCAGUGGAUUUCUCCUUCUUUAAAGACAUUAUCAAUAGAGAAAGGGAAAUCUUUUAAAAACUUUGAACUUAAUUAUAGGUGACUGACUACCUUCUAUAUGUUUUCCGUUCUAAUAGUACUCAUUUUGAGAUUUGUAUGUAGUUAAGACUAAUGAAUUUGCAUCAGAAUGGGAUUUAAUUUUCUUA